CUUUCAUCAACGAGCCGUCUUCAUUUGGUACUAUCAAGACAACCCUAGUCAGCAAUGGCCGACCGGACUGGGCUCCCGUUCCUCUAUCAAACAAGAACCAUCCUCUGUCGACCACUCCGACUACACCGACCGUCACAGCGACGACUGUUGUCCGAAUUUCCAAAGGUGUUUGUCGAUGGCAAACAAGAAUCCAGAAUUCCUCUGUCACCUCCUCCUGGAGAAGAGUCUUACCUCCAGCAGAGAGGCCGCCAGGCGUCAAAGUCUUCGACCAACAAACUACCAGAGUUUCUUGGUUCAAGUGUAAACUCCACCAUCACAGCAAGUGAACGUCGCGCGUUUGAGACCAUCCUGCGUUUCACACCUGACGAGUCUCGAUCCGGGCCUGUCGGUGUCAAGGACCAAACGCCUCAGGACGAUGCAUUGGACACGGACAUCGAAAGCAUUCUCGACAUAUUUGCCACUUCUGUUCGGGGCUACAAUGCUGCCCGCGAUGCCAGACUAGCCGCCGCUCGCGACCCAGACCAGCAGCACGGCCAUGAUCAGGACGAAGGUCUGGAUUUAUCGGAGUCUAAAGUCGGUCGAACGACCCGACAACAGCCCGGAGAUUCAGACGUCGUGCCACUUGACGAACAGUCGUUCCAACAAAUCGCCGACAGUCGUCGUUUCGAGGGUUUCAACGAACCCAUCAAGGCUGCGGUCCGCAAAUGCAUGACCGAGAUCUCCUCCGCGCUACAGGCAGCAGCCACCUCGCCCAGUGAACGGGGCGAUAUCGCCAUGUGGCGUGUCUGCGAAUCCCAAAUCUUCUCGCUCGCCGCGUAUCUACGUCCCAAAGCCGUCAAACGCCAACGUUACGUCGGCCCCUUGAGGUUCACCUUUUCGAGAGCCGAGUCCGACGACGCUCCUCGAGCUCUGGAAGCCGCCGAGCGAGAAUUCAAUGCGGCACAAGAGGCGGCCGCUGGCCCCUCCGUCUCCAGCGCAGAGACCCUUCAGCGGCGUAGCCAUGACCAAUCUCUGUCGGACGAUGAAACCCAAAACCUCGUCUCCCAGAGCAUCUUGCACCAUGUGUACCCUGCCGCCCUCCUCCUCGCGCUCCGCCUGUACAUCCGCCACUUCCCUUCGUCGCACCUCCCGCACAACUUGCUCCCAAGCAUCCGCUCGUUCGGACACACAAGCUACGUCCUGGGAGCCAGCACCCAGUUCUACAACUCGCUCAUGUACCUCGUGUGGUCGACGCGGUCGUCGCUCCGGGAGAUCGACUCCCUCCUGUCCGAAAUGGAGGGCGGCGGCGUCGAGCUCAACGAGGAAACCUACCGUCUGCUCCGACAGAUCGAGGACGAGCGCGCCGAGGACCUCGAGUUGGACGAGAAAGAGGACGCCGGCUCGCUCCUGGGCAGUCGCGGUGGACCGUGGUGGAGGAGACACGAGCAGAUGUUCUGGUUCCCCCGGAUCCUCCAUUGGCUCGGCGUCAUCUCCAAACGGUUGAACACUGCGGCGAUAGAAGGAAGACCUACCUGA